AUAUUCUCAUUGGUCAUUGCAAAUAGUAGAUGAAUCCUCCAGUUCGCGGCAGGUGGCGCAUCCACGCGAACUUCUUAUUGGUCAGCGAUGACUUUUGAGAUAACAUGGUAGCAAUCGACGCACGAUGCGCACAUCGCAAACACGUCAGUACGCUGCGCGACUUCGUGACGUGUGUGUCGUUGUUGUGGUUUGGCAGAGUCUCGGGUCGAUUCAACUGUGACGGAGGUGCGGUCAGUCGUCGAUGCUAUUUCGAGUUACGAGCGCGCAAAAUGGCGCCAACGCGUGUAAUUCUGAUGUCGUGCGGCAGCUAUAACCCACCGACAAACAUGCAUCUGCGAAUGUUCGAAAUUGCUCGAGAUCAUUUGCAUCGAAUGGGAACACAUAUUGUUGUUGGUGGAGUGAUUUCACCGGUGCAUGAUGCAUAUGCCAAGAAGGAACUGGCCAGUGCGACACACAGAUGCGCAAUGUUGCGAUUAGCAUUGCAGAAUAGCGAUUGGAUUCGACUGAGUACAUGGGAGACUAGACAAAACUGCUGGAGCAAGACUCGCUUGUGCUUGCAACACCACCAAAAUCUGCUCAAUUCCAUGCUAUGCAAUUCCAAUGAUAUCAAACAUCACUUGCAGAUGGAUGAUAUAGAAUGGAUUCCAGAGAACAUUAAAAACAGUUCGGAUAAUACACCAAUACAAAUCAAAUUACUGUGUGGUGCAGAUCUUUUGGAAAGUUUUGGCAUUUGUGGACUUUGGCUUGAAGAAGAUAUUGACACUAUUGUUGGUGAGCACGGUCUUGUGGUUAUUACUAGAGAAGGUUGCAAUCCCAACAAGUUUAUCUACGACUCGGAUAUUCUCUCCAAGCACAUGCACAAUAUCUGUAUUGUAACCGAAUGGAUUCCGAAUGAAGUUAGCUCGACAAGAAUCAGGCGAGCUCUGAAGCGCAGUCAGAGCGUCAGAUAUCUGCUACAAGAUUCCGUUAUUGAUUAUAUCUACAAACAUGAAAUCUAUGAUGCGAGAGCUCCAAAUACAACAAUUAAGUUGGAACUGCCGUCACCGAACGCGAACAAUUACCUGCACAUAGAUCCCCGAUAUCUAACCGCGUUUCUAACGCCGUCACCCAGCGAUGUGACUAUGGACUCGCCGAGCCCGAUCGAGAUUGCCGCGUCCAUUGACGUACCGGACGCGGUGGUGCUGCGCAAAAAUCUGCAGAACGCGGGCAGUGAUGGCGGGCUCGACGAGAUUCGCGAGCACAUCAUAAGCGCGAUCAGCAACAACGCCGACAACGGUAACGUCAAGCAUAUAGCUAGAGCCGCGUAUCCCGGUCAGGCGAAACAAGUCAUCGCCAGCGAAACCGGCGUCAUGCGAAUCGUAGACGAGGUAGGUCCGCUUGACGAACCGAUGGCGAAGCUUCAGUCUGGUUCUUCGCCAGAAGAAGGUCACAGGCCGAUAGUAGAUAGUGUCGCGAAGAGUAAAGAAGCAUCAGAUCUUAAAUCUAAGAGUGCAGAUUUAGGUUCGAACGAGAUAAUAAUGCAGAUUCAAGCUAGCCAGUUGAAUUCUAGUGAACCAACGUCAAUAGAAGAUUGUAAAUUAUUAAUAGGAAGUAUAGGUAAAGAUAAAAUUGAGAUUGGACAGAGAGAAGUGUCAAAUUUGAGGUCCAAGACAGAAAUUGCUGUUUUAGAUUUAGGUUCGAACAACGAUCGCGAGAUAAUAAUGAAGAUUGAACCUAGUCAAUCAAGUUCCAGCGAACUUCGACUGGGAGAAUGUUGUUGGCCUACAAAAGAAAGCACUGUGGAUGAUAAAAUUAAAAUUUGCGAUCGAAAAAUCACUUCUGAAAGGGAAAUAAUCGAUGUAGAACUAGGAUUAGAUGAUAAAACCACUUUUAUCUCGAAGGAGAGACAUAGGUCGACAGUAGAUGCGAUCAAUGACAAAAUAGGUGCGGACCGAUCUAGUUUUAGUAAAAUUAAACCGGAAAAGAGUCCCGAGUUGACGGUGAAAAAUGUCGCGAAGGAGAAAGUUGAUGUUAGCAAUAAAAAAAUCAAUGCUAAGAAAGAAAUAGUCGAUAUAGAGAUAGAUUUCAUUGAUGCUGAUGAUGUUGUGAAGGUUCAGCCUGUUCAUUCCAGUCAUAGUAUCGUUAGGUUACAGGAAGAUCAUAAGUUAAUGAUAGAAAAACUCACGAACGAAUUUAAAAGUAAAUUUGACAAGGAAAAAAGUGAGUCUAAGGAAAAUUUACAGCUGGAUAAGGUAGGUCAAGAUGAUACAGAAUUAAUCAGGCUUAAUUCAGAGAGAAAAAAUAACGUUGAAAUCGAUGACGCGGGAAUCGUUUCCGGGGAGGAAAUAGCCAAUCUUGAAAUGGAUAAAGUCGAACAUCUAGAAGCCAAGGCGACCACUUCAUCACUAAAUAUUUCUACCACAUCAUUAGAUGGUCGUCACGAAUGCGCUCUCUCCGAUUUCAGCGUAGACAAAGAAGAUUAUCGACUUAAUCAAUAUGGUUUCAACGAAGAUGAAGGGGAAAAAGAAUCUGUAUAUAUCUCCAGAUCGAGUUUGAUAAAAUAUAUUGACGAUCAAGGAGAAGACACGAUAGAUGAGUUUGCAAGCGAUGACAAGACUAUUACCAAAGAAAGCGAUAUUAAAACAUAUAGUAGUCAAGUAUUGGUCAGUGCAAUGAUUCAUGAGAAUCACGAAAAAGAAUCUAAAUAUUUCACAACCGAAGAGAUUGAUAACCGUGCGAAAUCUUCCGAAGAACUAGAUCAAUCGAAAUUUAUCGUAGAAUGGUCUCAAGCUGAGAUAGAAGCGGACGAGAAGAUCAACGUUGAAAACGGAGAACGAGCCGAAGAAGUAUCAAGGAUCUCGCGAGAAAUUGAUAAGAUGAGCAAAAUGGAAAAAGAAUCAGAGUUUGAUACGCAAUCUUCGGAGAGGCGAACUACAUCUUGCGAUUCGAGUCUCGAGAUAGACGGAAAAUACCUCAAAUCGAUUGUAAAUUCGCGCAAAAGUCCAAGGAAGAUCAGGGUAGAUCAGAUUCGUGACUUCGAAAUCAAAGAGCAAUAUACAUUCAUUGAUGAACCGGAGGCGAUUCAAUCUGAAGAAUUGCAAAAUUCUUCCACAAAGACGAAGAGUUCCGAAAGAAUCAAGGAGGAACAAAUUUACGAUAUAGAUGCUGAUGUUGAAAAGAAAGAUAAAAUUUUUGAGAAUCAAGAGACUUCUCGUGCAGAAAAAGUCUUCCAAGGCUCUUCAAGAUCGGCUUCCGUAAAAGGAAAGAGUUCUAGAAAAAUCGAAGAACCUCAAGUUGACGAAGAUGAGCGCAAAUUCAAGGAUCAAGAUAAAUCCAUCAACGAUCGAGAGGCAUUUCGAUCUGAGAAAGCUUCUCAAAAGUCUUCAAAAAUAUCCACAAGCGCAAAGAAUCCCAAGAAAAGCAAACAAAGCCAAAUAUUUUACAGAAGCAACGAAAUGAAGAAUUACGAUCGAUCUAUUAACGAUCGCGUUAUUUCUCAAUUGGAGGCAGUCUUCCAAGAUUCUUCGAAGACAAAGACGGAAAUUCCCAAGAAAGGUCCCGAAAACUGUAUCGAAUUGAAAAAGCAAACUCGACUUGCCGAUAAAGAAUUCUCUCGAUCCGAAGAAUUCUCUCAUCAUUCUUCCAGAACGUCUUCCACGAAGAGCCCGAAAAAGACUCAGGAUCAAAAAACUGUGAGACUGAACGAUGAUAAAAUGCAACAAGGACAAGAAACGAUAAAAACGACGAAAGAUGCCGAUAACAGAACGAAACGUGAUUUCAACGAUAUUAAGGAUGUGUACACGAGGAAGGUGCGGCGUUACAACGUACCUCUUCAGGGUAGCUUGGACUCGAUGAUCGUACCUGACGAAUCGUCCGCGCAAAAGCCGAAGAAGGAUGACGCGUUUUCAAAGAAGUCGAAGAGUUAUGAGUCGAUCAAACGCAUUCAGGAAGUGUUUCUGGGCGUGCCGUCGACAAAGACGAACAGUAGCAGUUCGCAGCUCGACAUUCCGGACGAAUUCUGCUCGAUUUGCUGUUACAUGAAUGAGAUCACCUUCCGAACAGAAGAGGAAGUGAGCAGCCCGAAUCAGGAGACGUUUUACACGCUCAGAUCGACCUGUAGCUCGCUAGCUGACGAUGACGAGGACAACGAUUCGAUCGAAUGCGACAUCUGCAGUUCGCUUAAUCUCCAGGAGUCCACUGACGACCUCGAGGGCAAAAUUCAGGAGAUUCCCUGCGAACUCUGCAGAAUUUGCGGCGAGGUGGACGGUAGUUUUGAUCAGGAUUCCAUGCCGAUAGAUAGAUAUGCUUUCAAACUUGUCGAGCAGCAUCAGGAUGACGACGAUAGCUUCGAGAUCGAGAACUGCGGCUUUCAAAGUGGCACCGAAUCGGCUGAUGAUCGAAGUAGACUCUCGGAGAAAGAAAAGAUCAAAGAUACCGGAAGACCAAAGUCGCAGUCCUUAUUCAUCCACGGUUCCUCGAUGAUCAGGGAUCAGCCGCGAGAGUUAUACUUUAUACCCAAGGAUGAGAUUGCCAUAUUGACGAGCGGAACUAGAAAAGCCGGUCGGAAGGGCUCUCUAUUCAGGAAGAAGGAGGAUUCCGAUGGAAGCGGGCGAGAUAAAAGACGAUACUCUUCAGUAGACAGUCUUCAACUGGCAAAAAUGUCUCCGAAGGCGAGUGACAAAGCGCUCAAGACCGCAAAGGAUCCGACACUGAUUGGAUCUGCCGAUAAUUUGCUGAUAACGAAAGAUUCAAGAAGAUCCAAGUCCCUUCAGAGAUCGACUGAUAAUGUGGACCGCCUGAAUUUGUCCACCGAUAAUCUAGACUUGGCGGAAAAUCUAGGAAAGGUAAGCGAAGUUGAAGGAUCGGCCGAGAAAUCAAAUAUCCGAGACAAGGAAGCGGUGAAGAUGAUUCUUACGCAGCACGGAAUCAAGGUCAUCAGCGAGAAGGAGACUGCCUUAUAACUGGCCGAGUAUUCGUAAAUGGCUCGAUUUGACGAGGGGUUGAUGGAAUAUUUUGAGCAGUUUGAAAAUUAAAAAUUAAUUGAGAAAUUCAAUAUCUGCGAAACAAAAAACGCGUUAACGUCUUGCACCAAAUUACAUAGAUAUGUGACAGCAAUCUUAUAGAGAGAAAGAAAUUUUUUUUUUGGAUUACGUACACCGAAUGAAUAAAUAUGAAGAAAAUGCGCAAAAUUUUUUUGUAGUGACUUAGAAUCCAAAAUAUAUACAGGAUGACAUAGAAAUUUAAAAAAAGUUAAAUAAUGGAGUUAAAACAAUAUUAGGAAAGUUUCAUCGGUUUUUAAACACAAGUAUUUCCGCACGUGUACAAUUACUUCGAUAAAAACCGAUAAAACUUUUAUAACAAAAGGGAAAAA